AUGUAAUCACUUAUAAGGCCGUGUGGCCUUGUCUUAGCGAAAAUUUUUCAGACACAAUAUCUGUUCUGCUUAAAGGAAAUCAUCACUCCUUGGUUUGGUUUUCUUUUCAUGGUCUGGUAGAGAAAGAGUUUGAAGAGAGGGAGAGAUGGGGAAUUGUCAGGCAAUAGAUGCAGCAUCAUUGGUUAUACAACAUACAAAUGGAAGAGAAGAAAGAUUAUAUUGGCCAGUAAUGGCUAAAGAAAUUAUGAGAUUAAAUCCUAGUUAUUAUGUUGCUCUUAUCAUCACUUAUCAUGUAUCAGAAGAACAACAAAAGAGAUCAUCAAACCCAUACAGUAAUUCUAAUCCUAAUACUAAUAAUGGUGUUGGGAUUACAAGGGUUAAAUUGCUCAGACCUUCUGAUAGUUUAACUCUUGGUCAAGCUUAUAAACUCAUUGAUUCUCAAGAAGUAAUGAAAGGAUUGUGGGCAAAGAAAUUUGCAAAGAUGAAGAAACAAAAGGAUUCGGAAUCGUCAGAUGAUCAAUCUGGAACUAGAGUUAGAGAAAUUCAGAGUUCAGGAUUUCAUCAAAUUGAAGAAACUAGCUCAGAGUUGGGUGAACCUAAUCAGGCAUCAACAAGACCGGAAAGACAUCGGUCGUCGUCUUUCGGAAGGUCGAGACAUUGGCGCCCUUCGUUGCAGAGUAUUUCAGAGGCUACAAAUUGAUUAUCCAUUUGGGAAUUCUAUCGCUAUAAUAUCUCUGUUGUCAUUACAUGGUGAUGAUGAUGAUAAAACAACAAAAUGGAUAAAUCCUCCUCCUCAAAUGCUUGAGCGACAAAAUGGAUUUUGAGUGAUUUGAUACAUUGGUGUACAUUUUAUUGACAACGCAUAAAUCCAAUCUGUUCAGAGUUGUUUCCAUAAUUGUACACAAUUAAGACCUUUGAUUUAUCUUCUUGUAGAUAGAGACGAGUGUUUUUUUUAUUUGAUCCAAACUAUGUUGUAAUAUUCACAAGUACUGCCCUCACUGUUUCGAAAUCGUUAAAGUGUUCCUUCCAUUGUCAA